GCUGGGUUUCGCGAGUUUUGGUGGCGCGCCGGAGUGAUUUCUGUUUAACUUUUCAAAUUAAUCAGUAAAAUUCAAGUGUAAAUCCGCGCUAGUUGCCUGAAACAGCUGUAAUUCAAAUACGUCGACAAUGUCGUUCAACUUUGGCAACCCGACCGCAGCCGGUGGCCUCGGAUCGACGAGCACUCCGGCCAAACCCGCCUUUGGAAACUUCUCCUUCGGAGGUCAGACGGCGACCCCGGCGUUCGGCAGUACCGCGACCGUGACCAGUUCCGCUCCGUCGCUGUUUGGUGGCCAGGUCAACACUACGACCAACACGGGAUUCGGGGGUUUCGGAGGAGCGACUACGGCUCCGGUAGCGGCCAGUACGUCGGCGUUUAACUUUGGAACCAACACGGCUCCCACUGCCGCGCCGGCGUUCGGAUUCGGUGGCGGUACGGCGACGGCAGCGGGAGCGUUCGGUACGACGGCGACGACGAGCGCACCGGCUUUUGGAGGAUUUGGUGGUUUUGGUACCACCACGACGAGUUCGGCUCCGUCACUGUUCGGACAGACGAAUACCAACACGAGCUCGGCUUUCGGCGGAUUUGGAUCGAGCUUUGGUACGGGUGCCUUUGGUCAAACGCAGCAGCAGCAGCCGCAGAACACCGGGUUGUCAUUUGGACAGCAACCUUUUGGUCAACAGCAGCAGCAGCAGCAGCAGCAACAGCAGCAAGCACCGGUUCCAACGCCGGAAGAAGCGUUCGCGCAGUCCAUCUUCAAUGUGUCGAUCUUUGGAGAUGAACGCGACACGGUCAUUGCCAAGUGGAACUACUUGCAGGCCAUGCUGGGAACCGGGAAGGCGUUCUACUCGCAGUCGAACGCACCCGUGGACAUUACACCGAACAAUUAUCUGUGCCGGUUCAAAACCAUGGGUUACACGAAGCUACCGGGCAAGGAAAACAAGGCCGGACUGGUUGGGCUAACGACGAACAAAUCCGCUGGCCAGUUGAAGGACCAACAGCAACAAUUCAUAACCAGUUUGAAUCAAAUCUUUGGCAACAAACCGAACAUUUUGAUCAACGUGGAAAGCAUCAAAUCCGUUGGAGAUAACAAAUGUCAGAUCAUAAUCUACGUGGAGGAGAAGUCGGUCACUUCCAACGAAACCAAACGCAUCCUUGCGACGGAAGUGGCCAGCUACCUCAACCAGCCGAACCCCAAACAGCAAGCGGGAACGCUGGGAGUGGAAUCGAUAGUGGCGCUGGUUCUACCAGAAGAAGACCAACUUAAAGAAUACCUGGAAAACCCACCAAAAGGAAUCGACCCACGCAUGUGGCAGCAGGCCAAAAUCGACAAUCCCGAUCCGAAGCGCUUUAUCCCGGUGCCGAUGAUCGGCUUCCAAGAGCUCAAGUGGCGCAUCAAGUGCCAGGAGAACGAAACCGACCUGCACGUGGGCUAUCUGGCCAAGGUAGAGAAAGAAAUCGAACAGCUCAAGCAGCGCCACACCAACACAACCGCCAAAAUCAUGGAACAUCGGCGCAAGUUUGCCGAGCUGAGCCACCGCAUACUGAAGGUGAUUGUGAAGCAGGAGAGCACGCGCAAGAUGGGACUGGCGCUGUCUCCGGAGGAGGAGCAGAUUCGCAGCAAGCUGGAGAACAUGCACGCGCUGGUUUCCACGCCCACCCAGUUCAAGGGCAAGCUGAGCGAGCUGCUGUCGCAGAUGCGAAUGCAGCGCAACCAGUGGGCCCACGCCGGCGGCAUCAACGAGUACACGCUGGAUAAGGAUUCCUCCGAAGAGAUGAAGAGCUUCCUGACGAUGCAGCAGAAGGCGAUGGCCUUCCUGGUGGAGACGGUCAACAAAGAUCUCAAGGACCUGAAGAUAAUUUCGGAUGGAAUGGGUCGCUUGAUACAGCAGGGUUAAGGUAGGACACACAAACCAAUUUUUAUUCUGUUGUUCAAAUUCUUACAUUUCACCACACUCGAGAUAAAGCCACCUUGUGAUCGUGUGCAAAGCGAAAAAAAGA